AUAUCGGUGAGUGGUUAUGCUUAAAUGUCAGCCACUCCGGGGACCGUCAGCCCACCUUCUUCUUCCCUUGGCAGGUGUGGACGGUCGUAUCCGCAACGCCACGUUGUGUAAUGUCGCCGACUCGGCGCAAGGCUGCUUAUACAAAUGGCCCCCGAACUCCCAGGAGCCCCCAUAUAGCGAGCAGAGCGCCGUGUCCGGAUGAUCGCCCCUCGAUCUCUCAUUCGCUGACCUGGACAUGCAAUUCACUACACCGGCGAUGUUGCGGCUCGUCGGUGCUCAGGCUCGGGUGGUCGCAUAAGGGUCGCAGAGGUUCAUCAAGUUCGAUCGGAGCUUUUUCGUCCUCUGUAUCAAAGACCGUCGUACAUUUCCCGGCUGCGGCUUUGCUCGGUGCGACGCGCGUGCAAUAUUAGCAAGGAUGACCUUGGGUGGGUGAAGAACCAACCAUCUAAUUGCAAUAGCCAUGGUAUACUAC